AUGAUUGGCCACUCAAACUGCGCCAACUUGAACCAGUACUGGCAGUACUGGUUCAAGUUGGUGCAGUACAGCCAGCCUGACAACUCUGAGUCGGCAACCCGAGUCUCCAAAAUUAUGCAGAAUCAAUGUUGUAAUAACCUCUGUGCGGACAACCUCCAGCUCCAAAUGGGAUUGCCUCCACCCCCCGAGUCUGAUCUCUCACGUCAAAAUUAUCUGGUGUUCAUGAUAUUGUUGAUGGCCUUUGUCGCAGAUAUGGUAAUGAUGAAUGCAAGUUGUGAUUCAAGCUGCAAACAUUUUUGGGUUGGGUUUGGUACCAGUCUAAGGCAAGUGCAGCCCAGACUGAUCCCCAUCCAUGCCAUUCUCACCACACUGCGCCUCUCCAUCCAGACUAUGAGCAGCUCAUUCAAUCAGCUGUGGAGUCUAUGCAUGGUCAAUACCAAUAUUCCAGUAGCACUUUCACAGCAGCAACUCAUAUUACUAGCAGUACCUUUUAAGGGACCCAUAAAACGGGACCAUCAGCUUGUUCAUUUCAACAGGCCAGUGGAUUUCAACCAGUCAGCAACGACUUCCAACAGGCCAGCAACCAAGCCCCCAAAGCGGACAAUGUUCCUGGUGUUACCAACAAGUAUUCCCCUGUUGCUACUGGCGGAGGUCAGGCAGCACAAGACUCCUCAAGCUCAUCCAUGCACACUAGGGAGCCCUUUAGUGGCCCUACUCACCGCAGGCCCCCAAGACAUCAACAAGCAAGGGAAAAUUAGCGGUUCUUCAUUCCUCAUGCCACAGCAUCAGCCAGUGUUCCUGCAGAUUCUGUAUUGGACUAGCGGGGUAUCCAACAACUUGGAAGACAGUCUCCAAGAUAUCGCUCCUAUGUGGCGCAUAGUUCAACUUACAGCUAUACAGUAUACAAAUUCCAGCCUCACUGUGGAUACAAUGUUCCCGAGGAAUUGUCUUGCGUUGCAGCUUGCUUUAAGGGCUGUAAAUAUGGGUAUCGGCAUUCAUUAUGUGAUGACGCUUGACUCGGAUCAGAGAAAUUCUGCCGAGUCCAGUCUUGCUCUGGCCCAGGCUGGGUGUGACUCGGACUACUUCAACCACCCGGCUUUCCUCCACAUUUUGGAUUUGCUAUACUUUACGCAAAGCUUGGAACACUAUAUGGGAAUAGUGAACCUCAAUGCUAGUACUUCAGAUUGGGUUCCUUUGACCCAUAUAACAAAUGCAACAGUUGCUAAUAUUGCAGUAUUGGACAAGUGA